AUCAAACGAAGAAGAAGAAGAAGAAGAAGAAGCGGGGGGAGACCCCGACCGCGAUCGAAGAUGCGCGCUCAAUUUCGCUUCUCCUUCCUCUCGCGAAUGGCGACCGCAUGGUGGAUCUUGUUCUCGGUCGCGUGUUGUCGGAACGGUUUCGCCGGCGCUGCUCCUCCGCCGUCCUCCGCCUCCUCCGCCGCCGAGACCUCCAUGCACACCAACAACUGGGCGGUCUUGGUCUGCACAUCCCGCUUCUGGUUCAAUUAUCGGCACAUGGCCAAUACUUUAUCCUUAUACAGGACAGUGAAGCGGCUGGGUAUACCCGAUGAGAGGAUAAUACUGAUGCUUGCAGAUGAUAUGGCCUGUAAUUCCCGCAAUAAUUAUCCUGCACAAGUCUUCAACAAUGAAAACCACAGGCUUAAUCUGUACGGAGAUAAUGUAGAGGUCGAUUAUCGAGGUUAUGAAGUUACUGUUGAGAACUUUUUCCGGGUGUUGACUGGGCGUCAUGAAACAUCCGUUCCAAGAUCCAAGCGUCUUUUAAGUGAUGAAGGAAGCCACAUUCUUCUUUACAUGACAGGGCAUGGUGGAGAUGAAUUUUUAAAGUUUCAAGAUUCUGAAGAGCUACAGAGUCAUGAUUUAGCUGAUGCAGUAAAACAAAUGAAAGAGAAGCGCAGGUUUAAGGAGCUACUUAUAAUGGUGGAUACUUGCCAAGCUGCCACUCUCUUCAACCAGCUUCAUUCCCCAGGAGCUUUGGCUAUUGGAAGUAGCAAGAAAGGAGAGAACUCCUACUCACAUCACAUGGACUCUGAUGUUGGUGUUUCAGUCGUGGAUCGUUUUACCUUUUACACCCUUGCUUUCUUUGAGAGGCUGAAUAUGUACGACAAUGCUUCACUAAGCAGCCUUUUCAGUUCGUACAACCCUAGUUUGUUGAUGUCCACUGCAUAUUACAGAACAGAUUUGUAUCAACGACGUCUGGAAGAGGUGCCUGUGACGAACUUCUUUGGUUCAGUGAUGGAAACGAUCUACACUGAUUCACCUUACCGAACUCCCCAAAGAAAAGAAUCCCAUAAAGGUGAUACUAAAAUGUCUCCAGACCAGUCCAUUGAGGAUGAGAAGGGACAAAUUACACGUAAAGCGGAUCUGGUUGACAGUGGUGACCUAGACAAGGUUCAACAGGGUCUUCUUGGAUAUAUUUGGAGUGAUCUCCAUAUUAAGUUGGAAAGUUUUGGCGAUGGAGAUACCUUAGUGUACUAUGGCAUGCUAGCGUUGGUUUCAUCUUUGGCAGUUUCUACAUGGAUAUCCUUGUGAAGGUCUCAUUGUUCACAAUGCAUUCAGCGCGAAGAAUCUUGCAUGCUGGUGGAAGGCCAAGACUUGUGAGGGUAACGAUAGAUGUUCACAUAGCGCGUAGAGUGGAGAAAACGAAAACCAGCAGCAUCAGUCAGGUGUGAAGCUCCAUGAGAGAGUCGCUGACCACCAAGCUGGCACUCUGAUUCGUGCUUUCAUUUAGCCCGGCUGUAUGCACCGGAAACUUUUUCCUUGCAGGACGCAUAUUGUACCCCAGGUCUAGUCUGGCGAUUGCAACGAUGUCAUCACAUUUUGGUUUGCUGUGAAGGGACAUAAAAUCUAUGCUGCCACAAAAUUUUCACGGAAGCCCCUUUUUAUCGCUUCUCCUUCUGUGUGACAUCUCCUGCCAGAACCUUGUAAUUGUGCGAUGUAGACUGAAACGAGAAAGGCUUUCUAGUUUGGCUAGUAACGUUUGUAUCCCUCUUAAAAAUGUCUAUGGUCAUGAACAUUUUUUUUAAA